AUGAUUAGCAAGGACUCAUUUAACAAUGCAUCUACGUCCGUAGAGCUGUCAUGUAUCCCAGAGGAUACUACUGGUCUUGAGCGCAUCAUGCUUGCAGCUCAAGGGGACCUGCAGCGACUGAUGAGCACAUUCUUUUCUCGGCCCAUAUUUAUUGAGCUCGUAUAUGCCAAUGGCUCACCGCGGCUGCAACCAGCCUCUCCCGAGCACCCCAUAACCCAAUCGCGACAAGUACAUCUUAUGUGUGCUUCGCGAAUCGUCUGCACCGCUACAUCAAAGGUUACCAUCACCCACCCCGACUUCGAACGUCUAUUUCUAGACGAGAAAUUCCCCAUUGGUCAGACAUUCCGCAAGAUGCAUCGCACACCACAAUUUUCUCUCAUCGACGCCCAGACGCAGAUCGUCGGUGGCAAGCGGGAACUCCGCAGAACGUAUACGCUUUCGACGGAAGGUUUCCUAUGUGAAAUCCUCGAAGUGUUUCCCGACAGGGACAUGUUCGUUCGCGGACAGGCAUGGCUCACUGAGAGCAAGCUUGAGAUUGAACAAAGCUGCACGGUGGAGAGCAAGCCUAGCGAACCCUGGUUGCCUGUCAGCAAGGGUAAAACUCUCCCCUGGGGCUUCGAUUGCUCAUAUGGCUUGCAGCCUUCACCAUUGGUAUACUAUCACGACAUUUGGUUUGUUUCGCUAUACUUGCUCUUGCUAUACCUUAUAUAG